AUGGCUGCUCCCGCCGUGCCUGCUGGCAAGGAAUGGUCUCAUGGUUUUUGGUCCUGCUGCGAUCCAUUCAGUACAUGCUUGUUGACUUACUUCUGUCCCUGCAUGGUCUUUGGUAAAACUGAAGCUCGGCUGAAGGAGCCAGGAGCCACUGAGCACAGUAGUAUGAAUGGCAUGUGUUGUGCUUGGGCAUGCUUGGCCUACGUAGGGUGUUCAUGUAUCCUCACAGCACUCCAACGUAGCAAGAUUCGAGAUACUUAUGGUAUCGAGGGCUCAAGCGCGACGGACUUUUGCGCAUCAUUCUGCUGCCCCUGCUGCACCAUUGUGCAAAAUUCGAAAGAAUCCGUGACGAGAACGCAGGCAAAUGGAGCUUAUCAAUCACCACCAGCCAUGCAAUAUCCAUGA